AUGGCAUUGUCUGAAUCAAAAUUUAGUUCCUCAUUCGAGGAGUCCACCACUACGUUUUGGCUAUCAUCCACAUCAGACUCUGAAAAGAUCCUUUCUGAGGUCCCUAAAACUGAGGGCUUCGAUCCAUCCAGGCAGAGGCGAGCCCAUCGGAAGUCAAAGGGAGGAUGUGAGAAUUGUAAAAAGCGGCGAGUGAAGUGCAACGAGAAAACUCCCUGCGCUAAUUGCGUCCGACGAGGACAACACUGUCAACGUAUUGCACAAUAUGACACGAUAAUCGCGAUUCCUACUGUGCCUACCACAAAGGUUCCACUUUUAGAGCUGAAGUGGAAAGAAGGCGAUGUUAAUCUUUUACAUUUGAGGCUCUAUCACCAUUUCCAGACCUCCACCAUCCAGACACUCAGGUUCUCACCUGAAGUCUGGGAAUAUGCAUUACAACUUUCAUUCCGGUUUGAUUUCUUAGCCAACGCUAUUUUGUGUGUUGCUGCGCGGCAUCUAUCUGUACUCUUGCCUGAAGACCCAUAUCUUUCGACAGCGGCCGCUACUCACUUGGGCCGUGCCUUGUCUCAGUUCCGUCACCAACUGUCCGGUAAUUUCAGGUCAACUUAUAUUGAUGUUUUUAUAGCAACUUCGCUGUUAUUACAGUAUGAAGUUUGGACUAACACCGACGAUUACGCAUCACCUCAAGAUAGCUCAGCAUCGUUUAACAUGCCAAGAGAUCAAAUUUUUGCUUUUUGCUCAAGUUUGAAGAAAAUGUUUCUCAAUUGCGUUCCAAUGAUAGGUGAUCAGCCAUCAGUGUUCAGACCAUACAUAAGGCAUGAUCCCAGAACUGUUCUUAUCAAGAAUGCUGAAAUCAGCAACAACACAUUGGACGCAUAUCAGACUACUUUUUCGUAUGGUCGUCCACUCAGUGAAAGUUCGUUCAAUCCGCGAAUUACCCAUAUUCGGGGCACGGAUUUGGUUACUUCAGAACAAUGGCAGCAUUCCACCUCUAAGACACUGGAAGUUGCAGAUCUGAUUGAGGAUUGCUAUAAACCCAUCAUCACUCAGCUCUGUCUCAUCCUAACCUUUCUUCCUGAGUCACAGCCGCCAGAUGCUGUUGUUAAAAGGGCACGGCCGUAUUCUGAACUAGUCAGACAUGUACUCUCAUUUCCAGUGACAUGUCAUGGCCCCUUCAAUUCCAUGAUCCAGCAGGGGGAUCCUCAUGCACUUCUGCUACUUUUCCAUUUCUAUCGUGCCGUGAGAAUCUUGAUUCCAGAAAACGAGUGCUGGUGGGUUCACAAGCGGGCAAGAGUGUCAGAAGUUGCUUUAAAAGCGUGGUUAAUGAGGCAAGUCACUAAACAGGGGGACAAUUCUUAA